AUGGCGAUUUCGUUUUUGAUAUAUGCGAAUUUUUUCCAUCAUCAAUCACUCGCUAUUCGUCCGCGCUCAGUAUCCCAGAAACUCACCUUCGAACCAGAAGAUUACAGCAGUCAUUUUACCACAACAGAAGAGAGUACAACAAGUACGACCGUCGAUACUACCACCGCAGCCGCAACAACUUCAAGAGCCAGUACGACCAAAUCCACAACUUCCACCACAUCGGAGCCUUCAGAAAACCCCUCAGAACCAUCAGACAACCGAGAGAAUCAAUCUUCCGAUGACGCCGAAAAAGAUGCUCAAACAAGAGCUCGACCGAAAGCUUCAAGUCCAAAACCAAAAAAAGAAGGCGUCGAUGAUAUCGAGCACCCUGACUAUCCUGGCUCUCCCCGGCUCAAUCAAGGUCUUGCCGAGUGCCCGAAAUAUCCUGAUACACUCAUCGGUCGACAAAUUCCAGACUCAAAUCUUGAAACAGAAUGGGAUCAUGUUGAGGAGACAGUUGCUGAUGGACUUUUGGAAGGAGGCUGUUGGGAACCAGAAGACUGCUUUUCGACAACAAAAACUGCGAUUAUUGUCCCUUAUAAAGAUAGAGAGACGCAUUUGAAGAGAUUGUUAUAUUAUCUUCAUCCCUUUUUGAGGAGGCAAAAGAUCAGUUAUUGCAUCAUUGUGGCGGAGCAGUAUCAUGAUGGCCGAUUUAAUAAGGGCAUUUUGAUGAAUGCAGCGUUUGACGCAUUGAUGAAAAUGGACGUUGGCUUCGAUUGUGUCAUUUUCCACGAUGUAGACAUGCUACCAGAAGAUGAUCGAAACCGAUAUGCUUGCGGCGCGAAUCCGAUCCAUCUUUCUUUGAUGAUCAACAAGUACGACUAUCGAUACCCUUAUGGAACCGAUUUUGGUGGAGUAACGAUGAUGUCCGCUCAGAAUUACACGAUGGUCAAUGGACAUACAAAUGUCUUCUGGGGCUGGGGAAGAGAGGACUCGGAUAUCGAGUACAGAAUCAGAAAACAAAUGAAAAUCGAAAAGCCGGAAGUUUUCGACUCUGCGCGGUACACAAUGUGUGGACACGCGCAUCCAUGGACUUUUCAAAAUGAAAAACACAAGGCGCACAUUGAAAAUAGCUAUCAAGCGGUGACUCAUAAAAUGCUUAUGAAACUGAAGGACUACAGGAACAAAUACGAUGGACUCAACUCACUCAACUACAGGAUGAAAUGGGUGAAAAAGGAAAAACUAUACACUCAUCUGAUGAUAGAAACGAGAUUGAUGAUCCCGCAAACAAUCACCAUGGUUCAGGGCGGAUUGACUGCUAUUCACACCAAUUAUCCCGAAGGCGGUUUGUCUCCUCCGUCCGCGAAAUGUCAAAUGACAGAAUUCCCCGGCGCUUCAGUGCACUCGAAUAUUUUGGACAAGUACGAAAGAACGAAAGCUGCAUCAGCGGAAAAAUGCUUGGACAUUGGGGUCUUUUGUCAAGCGUCUUCGCAAGAAACAAAACAGACUCAAGCUCUGGAAAACAAAUACCGUGUACGAGAGCUUCCGAUGCUUCUGACUCAUCCGGUUAAUACUGCGUUAGUGAAGGAUUGCCCCGGAAAUCUGGCUUACUAUCAGCUUGCACGCGAAAGCUUUGAACAACUGGAUCUCGAUGAGAAAAGUGCCAACGAGGUCUGGUACCGAGACUCCCAAUUAUUCGAGACGAAACAAGUCAACGAGUUCACCACCGAAGUCUCAAAUUUCACAGCCGAAACAAAAACCAAUUUCAUAAAAUGGGAUGAAGACAACAAGGACCAAGUGCAAAUUGAAGUCACCAUCGAAGUCCCAAAACGAAUUCCCGGUUUUUAUACGAUUCUUUCAAAGCUCGUGGAUAUUUGGGGCCAGCCGGUGCUCGAAUUCAACUGGAAUUUCCACUAUACAUCAGGUGACAGAGCGAAAGAUUUACAAAUUCAGGCGCAGGUCAAACACGAUAAAUUUGAGCGAAUGAGUGGAGGAAAGAUUGCCGCUAUUUGGGGGAGGACGCUUCAAAAUGCUGCUAGGCGAAAAGGUCUAUCGGACCUGUCAAUUUCCUUCGAUCAAUCUGAAAAAUCUCCGUCAGAAAAACGAGCCGCAAACCGUGGAGAAAUUUGA